UCAACAGUGGUAGAUGUGAGGCACGCCCACUUUUGAAAUCAUAUGAUUUUUGUUUCCCUCACGAUUACUUUCUUUAUAACAUCAUUAUGAAAUUUUAACUGAAUUGUUAUCUGGUGUUGUAGGUUAUCUAUUCUAAUCUUUUUUAAGUUAUUUUACGGGAUUUUAAUUGGUGUGAGGGGAAACAGAAUGAGUGAAUACUGGCUAAUAUCAGCUCCUGGCGACAAAACAUGCCAACAGACAUGGGAAACCAUGAACAAUCUUACCAGUAAACAGCACAAUUUGUCUGAAAAUUUCAAAUUUCAUAUUCCUGAUUUAAAGGUGGGAACUUUGGAUCAGCUUGUUGGACUUUCUGAUGAUUUAGGAAAGCUUGACAAUUUUGUUGAUCAGGUCACUCACAAAGUAGCUCAGUAUCUGGGUGAAGUUUUAGAGGAUCAGAAGGAUAAAUUACAGGAAAACCUAAUGGCUAAUAACACUGAUUUAUCUACCUAUAUUACAAAGUUCCAGUGGGAUAUGGCUAAGUAUCCUAUUAAGCAAUCUCUUCGUAAUAUUGCUGAUAUUAUAAGCAAACAAGUGAAUCAAAUUGAUGCUGACCUGAAAACAAAAUCUACCGCUUACAAUAAUCUAAAAAGCAGCCUUCAAAAUAUGGAAAAGAAGCAGAGUGCAAGUUUGUUGACACGGAACUUAGCAGACUUAGUUAAAAAAGAACAUUUUAUUUUAGACUCUGAAUAUCUGACGACAUUAUUAGUUGUUGUUCCAAAAUCAAACUUCAAUGAGUGGAAUACCAGCUAUGAAAAACUUACUAAUAUGAUAGUUCCCCGUUCAAGUCAACUUGUUUAUCAGGAUUCUGAUUUUGGUUUGUUCACUGUCUCAUUAUUUAAGAAGGUUGUAAAUGAUUUUAAAUUAAUGGCUAGAGAAAAGAAAUUUGUUGUACGUGAUUUUAUUUAUAAUGAAGAGGAACUAGCUGCUGGAAAAAAUGAAAUUACAAAAUUGGUGACUGACAAGAAGAAGCAAUUUGGACCUCUAGUUCGUUGGCUGAAGGUCAAUUUUAGCGAAUGUUUUUGUGCUUGGAUACAUGUAAAAGCAUUGAGAGUUUUUGUUGAAUCUGUUUUGAGAUAUGGUUUACCUGUUAACUUCCAGGCUAUGUUGAUCCAUCCUCACAAAAAGUCCGUUAAACGUUUGAGAGAUUUACUGAACCAACUAUAUGCACCAUUGGACAGUAGUGCUCAACAGCAAGGAAAUCAAGGUGGUGGUAAUGAUAGUGUGGACAUUCCUGGUUUAGGAUUCGGCCAAUCAGAUUAUUAUCCAUAUGUAUAUUAUAAAAUAAAUAUUGAUAUGUUAGACACAAAGGCUUAACAGAAGUACUCAUGGAUUUUGGUUUUAAUAUUCAUUGAUAAUACAAAUGCUUAGUUAGCAAUAGAAAAUAUACAUUUCAAGGGAAAAAUUAAGCUACAUAGUUACUUACAUUUUUAUCUUAUGUGUAUGUACAUAUAUAUAUAUCCAUAAAUAUGUAUUACACACAUUUAUAAAACUUAAUGUGUUAACGUAAAGUAGUUAGGUGUAUGUUCUAACUAUAAACCCACAUGAUUAAUGAAAACAAGUAAUUCGCUGACUUAUUGUUUAGGAGGUUAUAUAUAUAUAUUUUUUUUUUUUAAUUGCAUUGGGAAAAUUCUCAUUAAAACAUUGUUUAUAACUAGAAGCUGGAAUCUUCUUUCAUAUUUUAAUUAUUUUUUGAAAUUAUUAUUUAGAAACAUAAUUGUUAUGUAUAUAUACAUAUAUCAUAUUUUUGGAAUGAUUUUUUUUUUUUUUUUUUUGUUUAAAAGAUAUGGUUUUAUUCAUUAAAGGUUUUUCAUAUAAUUUGAAAAUAGAACUUGUAGCAUUGAGAGGCUUUUCAUUUUUAAAUAUUAGAUUUUUUUUCCGAAGUAUUUAUAUCUAUUUCUUUUUAAGCAUUACUUUUUUCUCAUUUCUUACAGUUUACAUCCUACUAGUAAAAACAGAAUUAUUUGUAUACUUUUUGCAUCAUCCAUUACUUAUAUUACUUGCAAUAGAUACUUAGCAUGAAGUAUAAUUAUAAUUUUGUUUUUAUAUCUUCUUUUUAUAAAUGUUGCAACUAAAUUCAAGAAUCCAGAGGGUGAUCAUCGAGAAAAUUGAUUAAUUUAUAUUUUGAUUAUCUUUAUAUCUGUUCUAUUUUACCAACAGUUCAGAUUUGUUCAAAUAGUUUAUGAGAAAUAACUUUGUUAUUAAAUAUUGUAUAAGUAGUAUUUUUGUGAUUUUAAAUUAAAUUAAAUUGUAAUCUUAUUUACCAGCACCCAUUAUAUGAUUUGUUAUUGCUGUUUUAAUUAGCAAUAGUUUUGAUUGAUGUACAUCACUUAUUUCAUUGUCAAAACAGAAAAACAUCUUUUUAAUUUUUCACAUUUCUGUUCAAAGUAUUCUGCAUAAGUUUUUUCUUACUAAUAAUCAUUAGUAAUUUGUUAUCCUCUUAACACUUGUUUUAGUUUCAUUCUACAUUUCAUUUAGAUAAUUUUAUUUAUUAGUCUAGACAUUUUAUUUGGAAAAUUAUUAAUCAGUUUUCAAGUAAAAUUGUUUUAUUGCAUAUUUAUUGUUAAGUUUUACUAGUUACUAUUUUAUUUGAAUAUUUAUUUUAAAGCAGAUUAUGGAAUAAUGCACUGUAAAUGUGUUUAUUUCAUUUCUAGUAUGAGUUAAUGUUAAACUAUAUUGAAAUUAGUGUUAAAACUAUAAUAAUAGGUGGGAAAGGAAUCAAUAUCUUAAAAGAACAAAACAUAUAAUGUAUAUAAUUUAUCAUUGAUGUAUGUAACAAUAUAUAUUUAUAUAGGUAUAGUUUUGUGUAAAAAGUGAGAUUAUGUCCAUCAUUGCUCCUUAACAAAUUAUCCUUUUUCUCUGAAAAUCAUAUUUACAUUCCUGUUUAUAGUUUUCAAAAAUAAUCUACUGGAUUCAUACAAACUGUUAUCAAAGGUAGUUAUUAGUAUUGCAUAGGAAACAGCAUUUUUAAUUGAAUGUAUUUUAUUUAAAUUUCAAUGUUUAAUAUUCAAAGUGUCAUCUGUGUUUUAAGAAUUAAGUUGGUUUAUAGGUUAAAAAAAUAAAAUCUGUAUUAAUUAUAAGCAAUUAAAGUGCAUUCCACUAGAAAAAGAAAUCAGUCUAUUUUAAAAACAUAAUAAGUAUUUUAUUGUUCAGAUUUUAUAUUAAUGUUGUAAGCAGUGUGUAAUAAAAUUGUCAUAAUUUACUGCUUAUGAAUUAUAUUUUGUAAAUUAUUGCAGUAUCAUUUAUAUUUGAAAAAAUAUUUGAAUUGUAUUACAUUGUGAGUGUCAGUGGUUGAGAAACAUUUUAUUGUAAACAUUUCUGUAUAUGUUAAUUGUAAAUAAAAUUCUUAUGAAUUCCAAUAUUCUGUAGAUAUAUGGGUAUGAGUGCAGGAAAUAAUGUUUUAACAUGUUCCUGGUUGACACAAUAUUAUCAAGAUGUUAUUGCUGUCAGGUUUUAGGUGUGUUAGUUGAUUUAAGAUUCAUUGAGUUCAUUUGUUUAAAAAAAAAUAUAUUUGAUCUGUAAAGUAAAAUAUGUAUAAAUUAAUUUUCAUUCAAAAAUAAAACUUUGUUGCUGUUUUGAA